GUUAUUUUUCGAUAUUAGUCUUCAAAUAUGCAAAAUAUAACUAGAAAUUAUUGUUUUUCAUUAAUUCAUUUCUAGACGAUUUUGUUCAGUUUCUCUUCUGAAAAGUAUAUCAUAGUCGAAAGCAGAAAGAUAAUGGCCCGCGUUUAUAAUGGAAAGAAAUUUUCACAAAUUUUAAGUAAAUCGAAUCCGUAACCGGUACGGUGCCUUUUUAGUCCAGUCAUCAGAACAAUGGGAUCAGGUAGAACUCGGUCUAUUUUCGCUAUGCUUGAGAGUGGGUGAUAGAGAGGACGGUGGAGUGAGAGAAAAUCGGAAGGUAUUGAAAAUAUCGACACACUUAAUAAUGAAAAAUUUUGUCAAUUCAGAAGAAUUAGAACGAAAAAUAGAAAGGAAAAAUGCAUAUGGGCAAAUUCUCCAAGCAAAUAAAUUAUCCUCUUGGUAUCGAUUUAACAUCAAUCAUUUUCACUUUUCUUUUCUCCUCCUUUUUACCAUCUUCUUUUCUAUUCUUCAUAGUAUGUAACUGUAGUAUAGUAGUGUAGCAGAGUAUAGUAUACCGUAAUAUAACUGGUCCAUGAUCAAUGGUAUCGCGUUAUCUUACUCCGCAGGAAAAUUGAAGCUGCACGAGGGAGGGGGGGGGGGGCCUCUUAGCAUUGUUUUCUUGAAGUAAAUAAACUAUCUACUGUUAACGUCGUACUCGCUCACCUCGUCGCCGUUCGAGAUUUCCCCGUGCAAAUGUAUACGGAAAAUUAGAUUUCUUAUCAACAGCGUGUCACGAAUAUUCAUUCAAUUUUAUCGCGACAGUGUAGUUCGCUGUAACAUUGCGGUUAUGUACUUUGUUGCGCGUGUAGGCCGAUAAGUGUGUGAUACGAGCAUGCUAGACCACCUUGGAGCGUGAUAACUGUUUUCUAAGCGAGCCAGAAGUGCAGUGACGUUCUACGUCGUCCUUGAGAGUAAUUCAUUGUCGCGAUAACGCGGAGAAGCCGACCGACGAAAAUGUAAACCAGAUCUUUCCGAUGAGAAAAAUCCUCCAAGACCAAUUCUCCCGGUAUUUCUCCCGGUGCGAUAUUUUGUUGCUCUCGGCUCGCGAGGCAAUUAGAAUAGAAAGUCCACUCGCGCGCCACUUUUGCGUCGCAGCUCUCGGUAAAUUUAUCGAAGAUCUCGAUCACGGUAUGAAUACCACUUUACGUGGCCGCGCCUGCGUAACCGGCGAGCGGUUCCAGUCGGACUGGUCUUCUCGGCAUUACCACGUGUUGAAAAUUCUCGGAGCCGUGGUAGUAGUACAGUAUAGCUUCAGCCGCAGAGAAACAGAGAGAGAGAGAACUUCGAUAUACGCGGUCGUUCGCGCAAUCUACCAAUUAAUUUCCUAUAUAUACGUAUGUUGCCCUAAACUCGCUUCGAAACUUCGCCAAGUGACUGCGUUUGGGUGUUCCUCGACGAUUUUCAAAGAAUAAUCCGAAUCCUUGAGGAGCAAUUCGUUUAUUAUCGCAGCCAGCUGGAAACAUUCGGACAUGGAUCGCCCGAUAUUACGUUGCUUACACAGAAACUUCCGGUAACGGCAGCUACAGUGGACUUGCAGCAUGUACUCUACGAAUGUGCAGCUAGUAAAGUGGACGUUCCCGGCGGUGGCCUUGAUCAUCGGUCUUUUUUGGUACAAACGUCGUCGAAUACACAGAGCUGACCCUGGUGGAAUGGAGGAAUUGAAUUUCCAGGGCAAAAUGAUAUCAAGUUACGUGAAGGAGACUAAUACGCAUAUCUAUGACUCUACCAACGAGGAGACAGGCGAGUCCUCGACGAGCAGCUGUACGCAACAGGAAGCGCCGGCUCGCGCCCCAAGGAAGGCUAGCGAGAGUAUGGACAUCCCGAUCAGGAAGUCACUACCACCGCAGUCCUGCGACAGCAGCAGCAGCAGCAGCAGCCAGAUUUGUGCGGAAGUUGAAUCAACGACGGACAUACAGCUAGGCAGCAAUCCGACCACGAGUUACUUCGAGACGAUUGCUAAGAGACGGAAUACGUCCUCCUUUGAGUUUGAGCUCGCCAACGACAUCACGAGGGUAUUCGAAGACGUCACCGAAGAGGGACGGUGCAGCGUGCAAAAUGAGACCGGGUCGUUCGAGCAGAAGGAUACCGCGGUCGAACUCGGUUGUGAAACGAACGAACAAUUGGUCGAGAAGGAGCAUUCUGAAGAAGAGACCGUCGCGACCGCGGGACAAACGGUCUACGAAAGAGACUCUGCGAAUCACAGUCCGAUUUCCGGAGUGCUGGAAGGCAGUAUCAUAGAUGAAGCUAGGAGCGAGGAAGGAAGCACAGACAGUGGGAAAGGUGGGAGCAUUAACGGAUAUAGAAAAACCAACGUUGAGCAGACUAUUUACUACUUUGCUAUACCUCAACAACUGGUGGGCAGAUUGAUCGGCCGUCACGGUAGCUUCUUGCACAGUAUCCGUACGAAGGUGGAAGUUCAGAUAUAUGUAAACGAUCAUCCAGGCUUUACUGAUCAGAAGAUCUGCUCGAUAGAAGGCAACGCGGAGGGGAUCAAAACUGCUCUUGAAUUAAUAAGAAAGAAAUUCCCGGAGAAGAGGUUCCCGGAGGUGACACUAGCCGAGAUCUCGACGCCCGAUGUGAUCGCUGUGGAGGCGCCUUGGGUAGCUCAAUGGUCGCAAAUGUUUUUGGUGGAAGGUGUCAAUAAUGACAUUGUCGUGUCACACAUUGUUAAGCCGAACUGGCUUUUCGUCCAAGUUCCGACACAUCCGACGUUCCCCUCCUUGCGACUUUUAGACGCGGAGAUGACAUAUGCGUAUAACACUAUGGAAUGGUCAGUGCCGAAUGUGCUAACAAGAGGCAUGUUUUACGUCGCAAAUUGGUUCGACAUAUGGGUCAGGGUAAGGAUGGAGAAACCGGACCCAUCGGGAGAGAAGCACAAAAUGCGGCUGCUCGAUCACGGUGGUUACUAUGAGUUUAGCAGCUCGCAAAUAAGAGACAUCAGACUAGAAUACCUGAGUCUACCUUUCCAAGCGAUCGAAAUCUUUUUAGCGCAUAUUCAGCCGAAAAAUGGUGUGUGGUUGGACGAAGCUUAUCAUGUGAUAGCUCAAAUUUGCUUCGGGGUUGUUGGUCAAGCCCAAGUUGAAGGUUAUGUUGAUUCGAAUGUUUAUACGAAUAUUUAUUAUAAUGUCCCGAAAUAUGGGGUAAUUUCCCUCGCUGACGAGUUAGUAGCGCGCGGAUUUGCGGAACCUGCAAAUCCGGAAGAUAUAGUUCCAGAAACCCUCGAGUUAAACGGAGAACCUACGUAUUUGUAAGAAUUGUAGAAAAGUUUACCAUUUCAUUUUCCAUUGAGUCAUAUAUAACCAUACGAUUCUUAGGCAGUAUGGACUGGAGUCUACUAUAGUCGCUAUCAUAAUAUGUUAAAACUAGUUACUUUAUUCUUUGAAAUUGUCGACUGUUUACUCAUAAUUUUUCGUCGAGAUUGUGAUGAAUACUCUGCAUACAUAUUUCUCAAUAAUGUAUGGAAGGUAUUUACGUGGGGAUAUAAACAUUGAAAUAGUGCAGGAUAACAUUUCGGUAACAGUUUUGAAGAAAACAAGGAAAAAGAAAAAAAUUUCUAUAUUUCUCUAUAUAUAUAUAUAUAUGAAAUUUACAAUAAAAUCUCAGUUAAAUUUAAGCGCCUAAUACUCCCUUAAAUACUGCUCAAAGAGAGAGAGAGAUAAAGAAAGAGAUUGUGAAAGAACACAUCCCGUAUAAGCUUAAACUCGUCGAUUCAAACGAGUUCUGACAAGUACAAAGGAUUUGGUUUAGUCCGCUAACGUAAGGACCUUAUUUUACAAUCCCUCUCGUACUAUACUCGCGAUGUUUCCCCAUUUUUAUUCGGAAAACUUGAAUGUUUUCGUAUUGCUAAUGUGAUUCGCAAGGACAAGUCUUUCAGAUAGCUUCGAAUAAGCAUUCAGAAAACUGCAUUCAUUGCCCUUCAGAGUGAACAUCUCGAGACUGUUGUAAAGAUAAUGCAGCCAUCUUUAAUAUGUCUGAAUUCUCAUAUAAUACUUUUGUACAUAGUGUAAGUUUAUUUCCUUUCAAUUAUAAAAUAUUUAUAUCUAGAGAUACUGAAAGAGAAUAAAUAUUUACUGAUAUGCCGACUGUAACGCAGAAUGGAAUGUAAACUAAAUUUGCGUUUUACAAGACGUUCGUAAAUAAAAUUAAAAUAUGUACGGACGAAUCGGGAAAUUCGUACAAUUCAAUAAGGUGAUUUUAUCUACUGUCCGUAACGUGUCUGAUCGGAAAAGAUCGCGGGAUUCGUAUUAUGUUGAAAUAUCAUCAACUUAAAUACAUCAGUUUUUUGAUUGUAUUAUAUAUAAACACAUAAUUUAUUGUAAAAACAUUGCUAGGCGCCGCGUUUAAGUUACCCCGCGUUAUCUUUUCCGCGUUAUUUCAACACUGUCAAUUUACUUGAAUGAUUUAUCUUUUGAACACAUCACCUUUUGAUAACAUGUAUUUUGUAAAACUUAUCCGUCUUGCCCAAUAAUUGAUAAUUUAUUCUUAUUAGUCUCAUGAGACAUGUGCCCACAUCGUGUUAUACUUUUUUCGUCGCUAAUCGAAGCUAAACUUUUGGAUUGUUCCAAUCGUCAAAGAAGCUCAGUAUAACGUUAUUUAUAUUUCAUUAUUUACUUGGAUAUUAAUUAUAAUUCCAUUGCGCGAGGUUUCCUUUCUGUAUAAAAUUUGCAGUAGAAAUCAGUAUAAAUGACAAAAAUCCACAAGUGAUUUCUAAUUUAAAUACUGCGUUCAUCCAUAAAUUCAUCUCAACGCUAUUGUUAAUAUUUACUAUUGUUAAUAUGUAAACAUAUAGAAAUAUUUUUCUAGAGAUAUAUAUUAUAUAUAUAUAUAUAUACACAUAUAUAUAUAUAUAUUGAGAAUCAUGCAACCAUAGAAUCGCUCACGACAUACAUUAGAGCUGUCUAAUUAAGCAUCGCAGUCAUCUCGCUUUUCCUUUGUCAUUGUUUUUUUUUUCCUUUUUUUUGGCAGUACAAAAGUUAAACAGAGAAGUGUGAACAGAACACAAGAGUUAGACAGAAAGGGAAGGAAGCAAAAGAUCGUCGCUUGCGACAAGCUAAUUUAGACAGCCCUAAUGUACAAGAUAACAUUUCGCGUGUUGCGAUUAUAACUAAAGAUUUAUAAUUUAUUAUGAUUCUUUACAUUAAUCAGUACGACGACAGCAUCAAUAUAGCGCAACGAACGUCGUUAGUAACCAUUAGUAAUUAUAUUCAUAUGUUGUAUAUAUAAUAUAUGGGGCUGACUGUAGUCACACACUGACUACUCAAACCUCAUACAAUAUUUCAUUUAUUGUUAUUGCAUUUAAUUAAGUUCAUUUUGUACAUAUUGUCGGUGUAAUCCUCUUGGCGUUAUCAUAAGACUUGCACCAUUUCCAUCGAAAAUCUUUUUGUGUCCUACUAUUGCAUAGACACAUAUGGAGUAAAGUAUAAUAAAAUUGAGUGCACGCAACAUGACAAGACAGAAUUACGCUAAGAGUCAUAUUAUUGUUUUAUGUUACAAAGCAGAAAUAAUAAAAGAAGAAA